UCUGUUUACUGUUGAAUGAGAUUUUCAGGGGAGAAAAAAAUGACAGAUUCCCAAAAAUAUUUGACAUCCUAUGAGUUGAAAAAACUGCAGGACAAGUGUGUUAAUUUUAUAAAGGCAUCAGACUCUGAUAAGUUUUUACGACUCAGGUAUAUGUGGCGAGAUAAACCAUUAGAUUACUGGGAGAACAUCUUGAAUGAAAAGGAUGGACAAAUGGUUCCUUACACCAAAGAUUGUAAUGGAGAUCAAAGAUCCGCCCUAAAUGGAAACAUUGCUGGUCUAUUUUUUGGUUGCGCACUGUAUCCCAAAAACGGAAAGCCACCAUGGUUCUCCUAUCUUGGCAAUCGCAGACUCUAUAUCUCAUCAACGGCCAUUUUCCGAAAACCCGUGCGUCUUUAUUUUGCUGAUUUUUAUUGUCAUACGAAAAAUCACUUUGCAACGCUGGUCCUCACAAAAACCGACUCUAAGCAAGAUAAUUUCUGUCGAGACCACAAUUUACCGCAGCUAGAUAUGAAGAAUAAUCCAUUUCUGAAAAUCCAGACAAUAAAUGGUGUGGAUGAAGUUUUCGUUACAGUGGGGGUUAGGGUGGAGGUGUUGUAUACAGAAACAAUAGACGUAAAUGAAGUUACUACCGGUAAAUAUAAGACUGGUCGCUUUGUGUGGGUUAAACCAAGUGGUCGUGGACGAAGUAGGCCAGGAGGUAUCCCCAAAAAUCCGGCCUGUCGAAUUUGCAAUUUAUAAUUCUAUUACAAGAAAAAAAUUCUGCUGUUAAAGAUCCUUGUAAUUUAAUAUUAUCUUUAUUUUACUUAUAACAUCUGUCUGAAAUUUUUGAAAGACAUACAAUCAUAAUUGAAACAUAUCGCAAUCAAUUUAUCUGUAAAAUUAAUUUUACGUUUGGGGAACUAACAAACUACCGCACUUUCUACGUAAAACUUCGUAUUGUGAAUUAGUUUCACGCAAGUUGUAGUCAAUUUUUGAUUAGCAGCAUCUGAUAGCUUAUACAAUAGAUAUUACUUUUAUUAUUACUGUCAUAUAUCAGGUAUAAGUCACGAAAUAGAUUGUUUAUAUCUUGGCAUGUUACCUGCAAUAUGUUUAAACAUACAUGACAUAUUAUCGAUGUUACAUAUCCAUUGUUACAUACUCAAUAAAGGCAUUGUUAUUCUAAACAAAUCUGAGAACUAGUCUCUUGGUAAAAUCUCGAAUGGCUCAAUGAAAGCUUGAGCCUUUUUAAAAAGAAACAUGUUAUUUUAAUAUAACGAUUCAACAGAUAUAUUUUUGAAACUCCAGGUUACUUAUUUCAUUGAAAAUCUCCAAUUUUUACUCACAAAGGGACGUCGACCAAGUAGUAAUGGGCUUAAAAUUUAGACUUACUUUGUAUUCUGGGAUACAGAGUAGUAAGGAGGGUUCUUUAACGUUUUACACCUAAGCUCGUUUUAGCUCAUCUGAUCCGAAGGCUCUAGUAACCUUUCCUGUUAAUUAAUUUGCUCCUUUCUUCAGAAUAACUCGGCCAUUUUAAACAAACUUGGCACAUAAUCCUUUGGUAAAAGGAUCCAAGUUUAUUCCAUGAAACAUGGAGAUAACAAACAAGUAUUCAAGCUCAGAGGUACAUUUAAACAAUACAAACCAGGAGCAGAGCAAACACGGACCUCUAAACAUAUCCUUGGUGCAGUGAGCACGCAGCGCAUCCGUAGACACAUCAUUGUGUAAAUAAUGGCCCAACAAUUAGUACAUAAAUUGUCCUUCUGCAUUUUACUUAAUGACAAGGUCAUUCUAUCGACCAUAAAACUUGCGAAAUUAUGACUUUAAGGGAGACUUUUAAUAUUUUUUGUUUCAUCAACUUGUUUGUCAAUUGUUUAUCUCUUUAUAGAAAUUGUUUGUGCGCCAUGGUCUUGUGAUCAAAUCACCUAAGAGAUGGAAACAUCAUUUGAAGGUGAUACGGUUGUAAGGGUAUACUAUUACCAUAAGUUAGGAAAGUUGACGACUGAAGUCGUCACAUUUAUCAUAAAGUUUUGUUGUUAGGUUACUAUUAAUGUCUUUUUAUAGUAAAACCCUCAAAUGUAAAACAGAUGUGUCAAUGAGUCAUACAGAUAGAAAAAAAUAUGCUUGUUUUGAUUGAAACGAGACAGAAACCAUUUAAAGAUCUCGGCAGUCA